AUGGCGGCAAGCAACGGCAGCACGAUCCCCACGGUGGACCUCUCGCCGUUCUUCGUCGGCGACGACCUGGACGGCGUCGCCCGCGCCCGCGCCACCGAAGUGGUGCACGAGGCGUGCCAAUCGUCGGGGUUCUUCCGCGUGGUGAACCACGGCGUGCCGCGCGAGCUCAUGGCGUGCGCGCUGGAGCUUCAAGCAUUGUUCUUCGCGCUCCCGGACGAGGAGAAGGCCAAGGUGCGGCCCGCCGAGGGGACGACCUCCCCGCCCUUCCCGGCAGGGCACGCGCGGCAGCCCACGCACUCCGUCGACAAGAACGAGCUGCUGCUCGUGCUCCAUCCGAAGCUCUGGCUCAACCUGUACCCCGCUGAGCCAGCCGGAUUCAGGGAGGCGCUGGUGGAGUGCCACGCCAAGCUCACCGAGCUGGCGCUCCUCAUCCAGGAGCUUCUGAACGACUGCCUGGGCCUGCCAACGGGCUUCCUCCGGGAGUACAACGACGACCGCACCUUCGACUUCAUGUCGGCGCGGCACUCCUUCCCGGCAACGAAGGAGGAGAACACGGGCACCCGCCCACACCAGGACAUCAGCUGCGUCUCCUUCGUCGUGCAGGACGGCGUCGGGGGCCUGGAGGUCCUCGGGCCCGACGGCGACUGGGCGCCCGUGGAGCCCGUCGAGGGCAGCAUCGUCGUCAACAUAGGCGACGUCGUGCAGGUGCUCAGCAACGGCAAGUUCAGGAGCGUCAUGCACCGGGUGGUGAGGAACCCGGCGGCGCACCGGUACUCGCUCGUCUUCUUCCUCAACGUCCACGGCGACAAGUGGGUCGAGCCGCUGCCUCAGCUCGUCGGCGAGGCGCCGCGGUACAGUGGGUUCAAGUACGGCGACUACCUGCAGCUGCGCGCGAGGUACACCAAGGCCUACCAGCUGCUAAAGCCCGUGGACCUCGUGGACAUCACCCAUUACGCGAUCUAG